GCGGUAUUCACUGCUAAAUAAAUAUUUAAUAACUAGAAAAAACCUCUUCUUUUUUAGCUUUAUAUAUAAAGCACUUCAUUAACACCGCAUUUGUUCCCAGAUUCUUAAACAGCUUCUAGUUGAGUUUGAUCACCAAGUUCAAUUUCAGUGUUUGGUUUACCUGUUUAGCAUCACAACUGCAAAUAGAAACUCUCUUGUAACACUUGAUUAGAAGAAAAGGUUGUAUCUGUGAAGUUUUGGUUAAUUUGAAUAUGGCAUUAGGGUUUGAGGGCUAUAGUUAUACAACUGCCCUUGGAAGGAAGAGGGUUGUGUUAGUGCAUAAUGUGGAAGUUUUGUCUCCGUUGAAGAGAACGCGCAGCGAGAAAAUCACCUUCGAUUCUGAAAGGUCUCCGCUUGAGGCCCUUCCUCUUGAGAUUCUGGUGAAGGUGUUGUGUGGUGUGGAUCAUGAGGAUUUGGAGCAACUUGCUCGUGUCUCAAAAACUGUCAGAGAAGCUACUGAGAUUGCUAGGCAGACGAAUUUUGAGUACAGAACUCCUAAGAAGAAAACUUUUGCUAUUUCUAUACCCUUUGGAGAGGAAAUUGAAGCUCCUAAUGCUCCAUUGAGGAAACCAAAGUCAAAGCUUAUUGCUAAGAAUCUGAGUAGCAUAACAAUGGCAUUGUUUACUUCACCUAACGAAGAAGAAGAUCAGUGAAUGGGCCAAGGAGAAGUAGCAACUGAUUACAGGCCAGAUAGAUUCUCUUGAUUCUGAUAGUUUUGUGAAUAGAUUGGUACUGCUACGUGUGUAUAUUAGUAAGUAGAUUCAGAGUGACUUGAUAGAUACUUAGAAGAACUUACUAUCUGAUUAAUCUUUAUACAAGUCAUAUCUUCAAAUCCUUCAUUGAAGAUUGUUUUGGCUUGUUUGCAAUCUUUAUGUACAUGCACAGGCUAGUAGAAAGUGCUAGAAAUUCUAGUCAUUGUUUGGAGGGAAAUCCCAUGUCCUUCUGUAUGAUAAAUGUAACUGUCCUCACAAGUUGUUUGGACAUAAGAAUGAGUAAAGCUUCUACUUUUAUGAUUUGAUCAA